UUGGUUGGUUCGGUGAUACAUGUACGUUAAUUCAGUGCCCGGUGCGUCUCCGGCAAGCAUGCUUCGUCGCAGUCAUUCAUGUUUCAUACGCGGAAACGUUGAUUAAAAGUGAUAUAUCAUUAUAUAGGUGCGAUAGUUACGAAUUGGUUUUGAAAAGAAAUUUGUUGGUUGAUUAAUUCGAAGCAGAAGAAGAAGAGGAAGAAAAAAAAAAGAAAGAAACACGAUACAUGAUACACGAUAUUAUAUGUAUAUAAUGUAUGUGUACGUAUUACUGCGCGCGCGACAAUUAUAAAUAUUAUAUACACAUUUUACUGCGUACGCGUGUAUGACAUACUUCACAUGAAUAUGAAUAUUACUAUGAAUGUGAUACUGUGCUGUAACGAUUAUUCGCUGAUAUAAUAACAGUUUAAAAUAGAAAGUAACGCAAACUUACACGGCCGGAUAAAAUAAUUAAUUCGUAAGUUAGUUAAUUAUACAAAAGAAGGACGUCCUCAGGCCUGAAUGAGUUUCAUGCGCAAUUCAUCAUCUCGUGUGAUUGCGGGUGAAAGUAAAGAAGUUUAAAAGAAUUUCUAUAAGUCAGGAUCUCGAGACCGGUAAAAAGACGAAGAAGAUUGCACCUUUUUUCCCUUACGAACACACACGUUGAUAAGAAAAAAACCACGAAUAAAGAAGAGGAAAAUCAAGUGUUAUCAGAAACAAUUGAGGUACUGUUCGAAUAUUGCGAAUUAGAGGAGUAGUAAAUGAAAAGACAAUCGUCCAAGUAAAAAAGAGGAAAAAUCGUUGAGCCAAAUUCAUCGAACUUCAGCCACCCCUUCGAUCAUCCUUCUAUAUCUCGCCCCAUUUCUGUCUACACAUAUAUCCGAUCGUGAGUCUGUCCCUUUCUCUUUAUUUUCCCUCAUCUCGGCGAUUUCUCUGCCCCGUACUACACCUACUCUUAUGAUCUAAGAAAAUCGUGUAUAUGUAUGUGUAACGAGAAGCGGGGAGAUUCCGCAUCGAGCACCGCACCCCUAAGAAAUUGAAUCGUUGACACGAAUCUGCACAGAGCAAGAGAGACUCUCGGUCUCGGAGGGAGGGAGCACUGACGGAAAAGAAGGGGGUAAUGGUGGUUGGUGCCGGUGUCGGUGUUGUGCAAAAGUGAAGCACAAAUUUCGACCAGCGUAUAUAUAUAUAUAUAUAUAUAUAUAUAUAUAUAUAUAUACACACACAUAUACAUGUGCAUAAAUAUCUAUGCGUAUGUACUGCAGAUAUAUCGUUAAGAAGAAGAAGACAGAAGAGCAAAUUCGAAUGGAAGGAGUGAGGGGAGAUUUUUAUACGAAAGUUGUAAAAAGUGGCACUCACAGAAGCAGCUGGUGGAAAGGCGCGGGUUGUUGGUGAUGGGAGAUUUCAUUAAGGAUGCAUACCUGUCACCGUCAUCGUUUACCAUUGCUAUCAACGGUGCAAACGUCAAUCGCCCGUCAGCCGACACUCUGGCACGUUUACGCGAACGAGAUAAUAGUGAUUCUGAACCGGGUAAGCCCGCAGCUAAUUGUACAGCACCAUCAACAGCAGCAGUCACAGCAGCAACGCAACGAGCUUCAAGAACCUGCGGAUCAGUGUGGGGCGAGAGGUCAGAAGAAGUUGGGAAAUUCGGUGUCAGGGGGGAAUUUCUACGGACAUUCGUUACUGUCUGGAAAAAAGUACAUCAGUGCCUUUUCGGUAGAAGAGAAUCCACUCGGCGAUCGCAGAGAGGAUAUAGUAGUAAGUCGACCAAGGAAGGAAGGUGACUCUUCGUUGUCGCGAUGCAGCGCGAUAUCACGACCUUAGACUUUUCCAAAUUGCCAGUGACAUCAACGGGUCAGAAAUCGGUGCCGUCGCCGGCCGAUCGUGGAUUGAUCGGCAGCCAUGGAAGGACGCCGAGACAGGCUGCAGGUUUGAACGAGGGGAACAAGGUUGCGAAGACCGACGAAGAAUCGUUUGGAGCCAUAUACAAGAGUGGUGCUGGGAGUCUAGUGUCGUGGAUGUCGAGGGCGGUGUAUCGAACCUCGACGAAGUCUCCGAUGCCCUGUUGUCUCCGCAUGGUCGUACUGUUCCUGUGGCUCCUGAUACUACCCACGAUAUUCGCCCACCACCAGGACCAUCAAGGCUGUCCGGGCUGCCCGAGGUACAGAGACCACCACGCUUUCCACCAGCACAAUCACCACAGCCACAACCAUCACCAUCGGCAGCAGUCGAAGGCCUCCGAGGGUCUCAAAAUCGGUGGAACCGAGCCCAAGCCGGCGAGGAACGAUCCGAGUCCGGACGACCUAAGACUUGAGGCGAUAAAGCAUCAGAUCCUGACUAAACUGGGCCUUCGUGGUCGCCCUGACGUCAACAAGACCCUGGCCAGUGUGUCCAGGAAUUUGGCUCUGGAGACGCUGGUCAGAGCCGAAGCUCAGCCACAGCAGUUUCCGUCGUCGUUUUCGCAAUCGGGCGGGGGCUCAUGGAGGCAGCAGAAGCAGCCCCACUCGAACCCGGUGCACCGGCACCGAGCCGGCAUUUACAACGAGGAACGUGCCUACAACGAAUUCUUUGACGAAAACGAGGAGUUCUCGUACAAGAACAUGGACCAGGCUACCGAGAGGACGACCAUUGUUACCGAGGCCACCUCAUCGACGACGACGACGAUUCCGACUUUCCGGGGCGGCACUUCCGACGGGCAAAAGGAGACGGGUACGAACGGCGUCGGGAGUGGCUCGGAGGACAGACCUAGCGACGACGAGCAGCCCCACGAGGAGGAAUUCGACGACUUUUACGCAAGGACAUCCGAGAUCAUUACUUUUGCUGAACCGGGUCACACCCUCAAUGGACAACCGUUGUUGGAGUUCCCAAUGUCGACUGGAGAACCGGUACUCGGACCUCUGAGAAUCAAGAAAGCAACUCUUUGGGCGCUGGUCGAGGUGAGACGGACGGUUCAUCACUAUCAACAUCAUCGCCAGGGUCAGAAUCAUCAGAGAAAUAUCACUCUGUGGGUGUUCAGGGUUCGUUGCGGUAAUGCAACGCAUCUUCGCGGUAAAGAACUUGGACAACACCUCGACAUGGUUACCUCACUCGGGGUUAAUAUAGGCCAAUUAGGGUGGCAGAAAUUCGACGUCACCAGCGUCGUCAUGGACUGGUACGCCCGCGGCGCAAACGCCCAGAAGGACAAAUUGACUCUGCUGGUCGACUGCACCGGAUGUGGUUUGCACGUGCAUGUAUCAACCUUUGGAUACCCACCGAACGAGAUAGAACCAUCCCUCAAUACGCAAGGUAAAGACGACAACAGGCCAUUUUUGGUGGUCCACACCGACCCCACCGGAGUGAAACGCAUCCGAAGACGAGCCGUCGAAUGUAAUGGACCACUGAUGGGCCAAUGCUGUAAACAAAGGUUCUACGUUAAUUUUUCCCAGUUGGGAUGGGACGACUGGAUAAUCGCACCACAAGGGUACUACGCGAAUUAUUGCCGAGGUGAUUGCGGGGCGGGUCACAGAACACCGGAUACUUUUUUAAAUUAUUAUACACACGUGAUAGAAGAGUAUAGAAAAAUGGACAGACUCGCGGGAAUGCAGCCAUGUUGUGCACCCCUAAAGUUCUCAUCCGUAUCUCUAAUUUAUUAUGGCCCUGAUUCGAAUAUAAUCAAAAGGGAUUUACCAAAAAUGGUCGUUGACGAGUGCGGCUGUCCUUAGUGAUAGUGUCGGGACAAAAUUUUGACUAAUUUUCAAAUAAAUAAUAAAUUAAUAAAUAAAUUAUAUACAAAAAAAAUUCAAUUAAUAAAUAAAUGAGUAAUUA